AUGAUGGACCCUCCCCAGAAAACCCAGACCAACCUCUUUGAUGUCUACCUGCGACUGCGGCCACCUCAAGCAGGCAAUGCCAACGCUGAGAAAUUCUUGCUAGUUGAGGAGCCCGAGCAAGACAAUGCGCCAACCCACAUCACCCUCAACCCGCCUAACGAUCGGAGGCGCGCUAUUGAGAAAUUUGCUUUCACCCGCGUUUUCGAGGAGGAUGCCACUCAACUCGACCUUUUCCAUGGUACAAAAGUCCUUCCUCUGGUAGAAGGUGCGCUUGCUCCUCACGGUGGGGAUGGCACAGAUGGCUUGCUAGCCACUCUUGGGAUGACGGGUUCAGGCAAGACACAUACAAUGCUCGGAUGUCGUAGCCAACGCGGCUUAACCCAGCUGGCCCUUGACGUGGUGUUUCGCUCCAUCCAGUCGAACAUCGUAGACUAUGAGUCGACGCCCGCCCUAGAAUCCAGCAUCCGGUCUUCAGAUGCCUCCGAGGCAAACAUACAUCCGGCCUCAGCUUUCCUCGAGUCUAUAUUCGGAGACGUGACGGCCCCCUCGCGUGCCGGUUCAAGAGCAACUACCCCAAUGAUUGUAGGACCCUCCCGUACCAACUUAACCCCCCAAUUACCUGGAAAGUUUCCGGGAAGUAUUCGGCUAGUUUGCCAGGAAGACGACUUAACGCGCAUAACCGUACUAUCCACACCUCCAGCCCAGAGACGAAUGAAGAAGCAGAACGAGACAUCGGUUCCCCAGACGCCAGUAGCAUCACAAAGGUCAAAGUUGACCAACAACGCAUCUUCCCCAACGAAGCACUACAUGGUGCCCACAUCUACUGCAAAAAGUAAAACGUUGACUAAACCAUCUUGUUUGAAGGGCGAUUAUCUUCCACCGGCGACCCCAAAACGUCCGUUACAGCGACCCUCUGUCCUACCUCAGAUGCCAGACAUAAGCUCUGUGCGAGCAUCUUGCGAUCCAUCUGCAGAAUACGCCAUCGUUAUCUCGAUGUAUGAGGUUUACAACGACCGCAUCUUCGAUCUACUGACACCCCCGAUCAAAUCAAACGCCACCAAGGAGUACCGCCGGAGGGCACUAUUAUUCAAAUGCACUGAGACAUCUCCUGACCGUAAAGUUGUAGCAGGGCUGCGUAAAAUCGUGUGUAGCACGCUUCACGAGGCUUUGAUGGUACUCGAGGCAGGGUUGCACGAGAGAAGAGUGGCCGGAACUGGCAGCAACAGUGUGUCAUCUCGAAGCCAUGGCUUUUUCAGCAUUGAGAUCAAGAAAAGACGGCGUGGCCGUAUGAACGGCCCAUGGGGCACAAGCACUUUGAGCAUCGUUGACUUGGCAGGCAGUGAGCGCGCCAGAGACGCCAAAACCCAGGGCGCAACAUUGGCCGAAGGAGGCAAAAUCAAUGAGAGUUUGAUGUACCUUGGACAAUGUCUGCAAAUGCAGGCUGAUUUGAACAACAACAACAACUCGAAGCCAAACCUCAGACUAUUCCGACAGUGCAAGUUGACUGAGCUGUUGUUCACGAACUCGUUUCCCUCUUCGCACUCAGCCGCUCACCGGCGUGCCCCGCAAAAGGGAGUGAUGAUCGUGACCGCCGACCCCUUCGGCGAUUUCAACGCGACAUCCCAGAUCUUACGGUACAGCGCAUUAGCACGCGAAGUCACAGUACCGCGUAUCCCUUCAAUAACCUCCACAAUCCUAUCCGGUAACAACACCAGCCACUUCCACCACCCCGAGCCCAGCACAUUAUCCAGCAGCCCCAACAUCUCGCCAGUCCUCCAGCACCGGCCCCUCUACCACCCGCCGUCCGGCACCCACAGCCGGACCUUCUCGCCCGCCUCCGACACGGAGCGCGGCACCAUGGAAAACGCCGCGCUCGAAAUCGCGCGGAUGGCCGACAUGAUCGACCAGCUGAACGCGGAGCUCGCGCGCGAAUCCGAGGCCCGGAUGGCGGCCGAGGCGCACCUGAUGACGAUGGAGGACCGCAUCGUGGACCUCGAGCAAGAGAUCCGCGAGGAGUGCUACGCCGACUUCGAGCAGCGGCUCGCGAUGGAGAUGAACAGAUGGAAGGCCUCGCUGUCGCUCGAGCAGGAGCGCGGCGAGGCGCACUGGGACCGCAAAGCGGAGGUCCUGGCGCGCAGCGUCGGGGUCGUCGUCACGGCCCCCAGCGACGAAGACGACGUCGAGAACGAAGAUAAAGAGAACGUCCUCAUCGAGAACCUCGAGCAGGAGAACGAGCGUCUGAGGCGCGAGGUGGCGAUCUUGAAGCGCGAGCUGACGAGCAGGACGCCUAGCAGGCGCGCGCCGCUCCAGGAACGGGGCGAUCUGCCUAGUUCCAAGGGCGAUGUGGCUGGUCUGGGGGGCAAGAUGGAGCAGUUGAGGGUCAGCAAUGGGAGUCCGACGAAGAAGGUCCGCAAAAUAACGGGUAAGAAAUGGGAGAGUGUCCCCGCGGAUGACGACAUGUUCGGAUGA